ACUAGAAGCCUUUUGUACUGUCUUAUUUCUAAAUAUGGUAGUGUGCUGGAAAUUUGUACUGUCUUAUUUCUAAAUAUGGUAGUGUGCUGGAGAUGUUCUAUAAACUGUAAUACUGCAAGCUUAUGUCAACACCUUGGACAGUAAUGGGGGAAGGUUCUUUGUGUUUAGUCAUCCUUACCUGGAUUUGUAUCCUGAACUUUGUUUUUAUGCUGUCUGAUAAUCGUGGAGCUCUCUAAAAGUAAAGAUUGUCAAACUGCAUCAGUUACUGAAGAAGCAGUCAACACAACAUAAGCAACUGAAAUGAAUCUGCCUGAAUAUAUCGAACUACCAGAAGAGAUCUUAGGUCACAUAUUCUCAUUUCUUCCCCUCUCUGACCGCUACACCAUUUCUAGAGUCUGUCACACUUGGAAAAAUGCAGUACUUGCACCAGCUCUUUGGUCCUACACUGAGAUCAGCUGUGACUUUGGAGAUAAAAAUGAAGAAUGCAUCCAAUGGAUUUUCACUCAUUCACUGGCCAGAAUAAAACAUCUGAAGAUUUUGUGUGAUCAGUCUCAGGAUUGUAACAGGAAAAAUGUAACCAGAAUUCUAAACAGCAUUGCAGAGAAGGAAAACAAACUAGAAGGCUUAUGCAUUGUAUGUUGUGGUGAGCACCCAUAUUUCUAUUCAGGUCAGGAUAUCCUCCAAAGCAUAAAGAACUUGUGCCAAAGUGUACCAGAAUGCAACUUUUUUACUCUAAAACACAUUGACUUUAGAUUUCUACCAUUUACACUUGAUGAUGACCUGAUCAAGCUGAUUGCUGAUGGAUGUCCAAAUUUAAAAAGCUUGUUUAUUAAUAAUGGAACUCUUGUGUGCAAAGUAAGUCCAGAAAUAAUUAAAGAGGUUGUCAGAGCUUGUCCGCAGUUGUCUGCUCUGGGUGUCUUCUAUGCCAGUCUGUCGGAAGAUGUUUUUAUGGAGCUACUGAGUACAGAAAGAGCUGAUUUGAGGUACCUGAAUCUUUUCUGUAACCGACUCAACAAAUAUAUGAUGAAUUUUUCAGAAUCUCUUUGGGAAAGUUUGCGUAAGAGGCAUCCACUUCUCUCAGUUGACUUGGUGCUCGAUCAUACUCUCCCAGCGAGGAAAAUCCCAAGAAUUCUUCAGCCCAACAUCCCCAUUUCUUCAUUAGAACUAAACACAUUUACAUAUAUGAUUGAUCAAAUUAUGUUUGUUUCCACUAACUACAACCGAACACUGAAAAGAUUAGUACUACAGACCACAUCUUCAGACAAGCUGAACUCGGCUCUAGUGGAUUUGGCAAAAAGAUGCAGCUUAUUGGAAGAGAUUCACUGUUACUGUGUGGUGUCUCCAUUCGUAGUGCAUACUUUUCUUUCCUACUGCCCGAAACUGAAACAGUACACCCUAAAAAUUACAAAAGAAGUUGCCCCAUGGCAACCCAUUAAAAUAUCACACUAGAGAACAGCAGUUUCUCAUUAAAGAAUAUCAGAAUAUUAAAAGGCACAUAGUGUUGGUUUGAAAGAUUGAAAUCCUUGUAUAGUACAGAUGAAAAUGCGAGAAAGACUUAGUAAAAUUAAAAUUUGUGAAUACCAUGCUGAGAAUUUUGCAUGUUGCGUAUAUGUUCAUAAAAACUACUGUAAUUUAUUUGUUGCAUAAUAAUUUCAAGAAAACUGUUUCAAACA